UCAAUAUAUUUCCAGUGUAUUGUGAUUCAGGUUCUUCAAGAAUAUUAUAAGUAUAUAAUAAGUAUCUUUAAUCUGAAUCAGCUGCAACCAAAUCUAUUAAUUUGUGUUACAUAAUAACAAUAAUGGCAUCAAGAAAGAAAGUUCUUCUAAAAGUCAUUAUUCUAGGUGAUAGUGGAGUUGGAAAAACUUCUCUUAUGAAUCAAUAUGUGAACAAGAAAUUCAGUAACCAAUACAAAGCAACAAUUGGAGCAGAUUUUUUAACCAAGGAAGUCAUGGUUGAUGACAGACUUGUCACUAUGCAGAUUUGGGAUACUGCUGGUCAAGAAAGAUUUCAAUCUCUAGGAGUUGCAUUUUACAGAGGAGCAGAUUGUUGUGUGCUUGUAUAUGAUGUGACUGUUCCAAACAGUUUCAAGACACUUGACAGUUGGAGAGAUGAAUUUUUAAUUCAAGCAUCACCAAGAGACCCCGAAAAUUUCCCAUUUGUUGCCAUUGGCAACAAAAUCGACUGUGAGAACAGAGCGGUGUCACACAAGCGAGCUCAAGGUUGGUGUCAUAGCAAGAAUGACAUUCCGUACUUUGAAUGUUCCGCUAAAGAGAACAUUCAUGUGGAACAAGCAUUUCAGACCGUUGCUAAGCAAGCUUUGCUGCAGGAAUCCGAUGCAGACUUGUACCAAUCAGACUUUCCGGAUCGGAUAAACUUGGGGGGUAAUUCAGAUGCAAAUAAGAAGUCAGGCGAUUGCGCUUGCUGAAUUCUUCUGAUCACUUUAUUAGCUGAGACCAAGUUCCUUUGCCCUCAACCAAGUAUUUGUUAUUUAAUAAACUCAAUAUCAUUCAUCCUAGGUGUCAGCUGUUGUGUCAAAUCGAGCAGGGCAGUGAUAUUCUGUUAUUUUACUUAUCUAAUAUAAAUUUGUGUGAUUCAAAUAUUCUGCUUUACUGUCGGGAUAUAAUUCAUUUCUUGCGUUUAUCUUUUUGUCUAUUAAAAUAAUAUGUGCAUUAUUUGUAAUAACCUGUUUAGUAUCCAGUCUUGGCACAAAAUAAUAUAUUAUGUGUUGACAGCUUGCUGUACAAUAUUUGUUAUUUGAUUGCAUGGUUUUGCCAUUAAUUGAACGAUAAUCUUUAUUAAAAUUGUAGUUCAAGUCAAAAAAGGCUGCAAAACAAGUUCACAUUAUUAUUUUUGAAUAAUAAUCGUAUGCGGAGCUUCUAUGUUUUGUAAUCAUAUUAUUAAGACAAAAUUUUCAGUCUGAAAUGUUAAUAAACAUGAUAAUCAAAAAAUUCAAUUUUUCUACAAUUUGCAUUUCUAACUAAUGUAUUUUGUGUUAAUCUAUAUUGCAAUGAAGUGUUGUUCAAAUGAGUCUCCUGAAAGUAGACUCUAUCAUCUGGAGAUAAGACAAUAUCAUAAUAUUUUAAUAGGUUUUUCUGUAUAACUGAUCAAUUCAAAGCAUUGGGCAAUGAACUAGGUUGCAAAAUUGUUAUUAUUAAAAUUUUUGUAUAAAAACUUUUGUCCUUAUGCCAUUGGUAAACUAACAUGUUUUAGCAUCCUUCCAUGCUUUAUGAAACGAUAAAACAAAACCUAACGAUUUAUGAAGCUUGCCUGAACUUUGAAAAGUCAUUUUGGUUAGAGACCAUCCAGUAUUAUACUUUCAGACAAAUUAUCCAGCUUGGCAUGACUCGUUCCUGAAAUCCAUUUAAACAAAUUUGAUGUAUGCUGAAUGCUGCUUUGAUAAACUUUUCUCUUCCAAACGCAUGAUUUUCAUCUGUGUGAUAACAGUAGUAAAUCAUCUAUAUUUCACAAAUAUGGUUCAUUGAUUUAGGUGAUAAGAGCUCUCUUAUAUUGUUAGGAAUAAGCAUUUUCGAAUUGGUCGGUGUUGAAUGGAUUUGCCCUGUUUUUAAAUCUUUUGUUAAUUUCUGUGUUUGACAAGUUUGUGGACCACUCACAGCGUCCUCUUAUCUGAAGGUUUGAUUCUUUAGAAUCCAGCUUGUCUGAAAAAAUUUUGUAUAUAUAUUUUCAUCACCAAAAUCACUAUCGUCAUUCAUUAUCAUCUAUUGUUUGGAGAAAAUUGUUCUGAUGGUAGCGAUGGGUUAAUUUAGUAAUCGCCACUACAUUUUACUGAAAAUAUAUUAUAUAUGAUUCAGAUUUGUUUUUUUCAGUGAAUUUCAAGUCUAGUUUGUUAAUUGAUAUAUGUGUUAUGUAUAUGUUGUGAUAAAUAACGAAGAUUAUACUUGUUAUCGUACUGAAUUAUAUAUGUUCAACAUUUUCAGCACGGAGAGAGUCAUUCUGCUAAUAUGAUAUGGAAUGUAUACAAAAUAAAAGCCUGGUGUUUUUUAUGAUUCUCAAUCAAAAAUAUAUAUAAAUUUGUAUAAUCCAA